AUGGCCACCGACGAGGCCAUGGAGGACGUGCAGAUGGGCACGAAGAGGCGCUCGAUUGACAUAGAAUCUUUGAAGCGCAAAAAGUUCAAGGCUGAAGACCUUCCGCUUUCUGCCACGCAACAUGCGGCAAUCGACAAACUGCUCCACUCAUUUAAGAAGAAAGGCGGAUUUGACAGCAUUCGGAAACUAAUUUGGGCUGAAUUUAACGAUGGAGUAUGGCCAAACCCGGACGAAAAGAUGGGCUCUGUGUCUACCUUUCAUCUUCAAAGUGCUAAUAGAUCUGCACAGGAUCCGAAGUCCAAUUUCACGAACCAAUUGAUAGCAUUGGCCGAGUCGGAGAUUGAACGCGAACCUGCCCAUCUUUCCCGUGAGAGAGGCAAAGCUGCGACACUUAUCGAGGGUGCUGUCGACCGGAGCGAUGUCUACAAAAACGUCGAGGAUUCCAUUGAUCAACUAGCGUCGAGACAUCUUCAAGACAUUCUGGACGCAGUCCGCGCGAUUCGCCGCGAAGAGAUCGGCGAAGAGGCCGCUUCCAAAGAGGAAGCUUCUGGCAGCAAAACAGACGAGGACUACGAAGCCUAUGUCAAAGUCAAACGCGAUGAGCGAGAGAAGAUAUGGCGCGAAGAAAUGCGCAAACAAAAAGAACUCGAGGACGAACAAAAGCGCAUUAAGGAGGAGGAACAACGGAAGAAGCGUGAACUGGAGCGACAAAAGGAAGAGGAAGAGAGGGCUAGGAGGAAAGAGAUCGACGAUAAAAGACGGGCCGAACGUGAGCGCAUGCGUGAGGAACAAAGGGCACUCGACGAGCAACGAGAUCGGGAGAGGGAAGAGCGAUACGAACGAAGGAGGCGAGAGGAUCGAGAUCGGUACCGUGACUGGGAUCGUGAUCGAGACCGUUACCGCGAUCGCUCCCCGACAUAUCGGUCUGAUCGUGGACUGUCCCCCCGUAGUCGGGAUCCGAAACGAGAGAAAUCCACCGCAUCUAAAGACCCAACUCCUGCACCAAUACUCCCUGCCGUGGAUGAAAAGUCACUGGAAGAGGCUGCAUUACAAAUGCUACUGAAAGAAGGUGAAGAGCUUGCAGCCAAGGCUCGACAAAAGCGCGAGUUUGAUUUCGAAGAAGCCGAAGCUAUUGAAAACGGCCUCAAGCCGCCUCCCUCUACUGCGCCAGCCAAGAAUUCCACCGCCUCCACCAGAGCUCCCAAAGGGCCGACUCCGCCAUCGACCGCUCUGAUCGCACUCGACAUCACACUAGAGAUCGAAGCCGCAGCCGAAGCCGUUCUCGUCGACGACACACAUCUCGUUACGAUCCUGAACGCCGCCGCGAUCGCUCCCGGGAUGGGUCCGAGCGUCGUGGGUACCGUGACUUCCGUGAUUUCCGCGAGGAACGCAGCUAUCGACCUGCACGGCGCAGCCGUAGCCGGUCAGCCGGCAGAGGAGGACGGGAGAGAGACCGUGAUCGCGAACGCGAAAGGGACCGCAGUCCUGAAAGGGACAGAGAGAGACAUCGAGAUAGGGACCGUGAUCCCAAGCGAUCCAGAUCUCGCGAACGAGAUCACGACCGGCGCCGCGCUGAUCGUAGCCGCGAUAGAAGUCGAGAUCGGGAUCGUGGUGGUGACGAUUAUCGCCCUCGACGAGCUCGACACUCUCGAUCUCCCUCCCAUCGACGCUCACGCUCGCGAUCCCGCCAGCGACAUCGCAGUCGGGAGCGCCCCCGUUCACGUUCACGAUCUGCUGCUGCCAGGAGACGCUCCCGUUCUAGGUCAAACGCGCGGCGGAGGUCACGGUCCCGUCGCCGAUCACCCCCACGACGGGCUUCUCCCGGUUCUCUAG